UAAAAGAAGAUCCGGCCAUAGUAUUUUUAGGUUGCUUUUUAGGUCCGUCGGAGCGCCUUUGAAUGGCAGUCCAGCGAGUCUUUGUGGCUACUUUCGUCCAGUAUAAUUGCCCUUUGUUCUCAGAUUUUAUCUGAGGUAUAGAAGGUCUCGCAGGUUUGGAAAUAACGCCGGAAAAAAGUCGAUCCGCGGAGUGAGACGGCGGGUACCACAAAACAGAGCUCAGUGAUCAAGAUGGUGGUUGGAAAAUUGGGAGCCCUGGUGAUUGCAUAUCAUUAAGGACCGACAUGGAACCCGGAUCUGACGAGUUCCGUCCCCCGCCGGAGUGCCCCGUGUUUGAGCCUAGCUGGGCUGAAUUUCGCGACCCGCUAGGCUACAUUGCGAAAAUCAGGCCCAUAGCCGAGAAGUCUGGCAUCUGCAAAAUCCGCCCACCCGCAGACUGGCAGCCUCCCUUUGCAGUAGAAGUUGACAAUUUCAGAUUUACUCCUCGCAUCCAAAGACUAAAUGAACUGGAGGCUCAAACUAGAGUGAAAUUGAACUAUUUGGAUCAGAUUGCAAAAUUCUGGGAAAUUCAAGGCUCUUCCUUAAAGAUUCCCAAUGUAGAACGGAGGAUCUUGGACCUCUACAGCCUUAGUAAGAUUGUGAUGGAGGAAGGUGGCUAUGAAGCCAUCUGCAAGGAACGUCGAUGGGCCCGAGUUGCCCAGCGUCUCCACUACCCACCAGGCAAAAACAUUGGCUCCCUGCUACGAUUGCAUUAUGAACGAAUCAUUUACCCCUAUGAAAUGUUUCAGUCUGGUGCCAACCAUGUGCAGUGUAACACACACCCGUUUGACAGCGAGGUAAAAGAUAAGGAAUAUAAGCCCCACAGCAUCCCCUUUAGACAGUCUGUGCAACCUUCAAAGUUCAGCAGCUGCAGUCGACGGGCAAAAAGGCUACAGCCUGACCCAGAGCCUACAGAGGAGGACAUUGAGAAGAAUCCAGAGCUAAAGAAACUACAGAUCUAUGGUCCAGGUCCCAAAAUGAUGGGCUUAGGCCUCAUGGCUAAGGAUAAGGAUAAGACUGUGAGUAAGAAAGUUACGUGCCCCACAACAGUUACGGUAAAGGACAAACAAAGUGGAGAUGGGAAAGUGUCAUCAACACAGCUGAGGCCGCACUUGAACCUAGACUCCUGCAUUAAGAUGACCAUGCAGCUACGAAAGAAUCACAGCAAUGCCCAGUUUGUUGACUGUUAUGCUUGCCAAAUAUGUUCCCGUGGGGAUGAAGAUGAUAAGCUGCUUUUCUGUGAUGGCUGUGGUGACUAUUACCACAUCUUCUGCUUGUUGCCUCCCCUUCCUGAAAUCCCCAGAGGCAUCUGGAGGUGCCCAAAGUGUAUCUUGGCAGAGUUUAAACGGCCUCCUGAAGCUUUUGGAUUUGAACAGGCUACCCAGGAGUACACUCUGCAGAGUUUUGGUGAAAUGGCUGAUUCCUUCAAGGCUGACUACUUCAGUAUGCCUGUACAUAUGGUGCCUACAGAACUCGUGGAGAAGGAAUUCUGGAGAUUGGUGAGCAGCAUUGAGGAAGAAGUGACAGUUGAAUAUGGAGCUGACAUUCAUUCUAAAGAAUUUGGCAGUGGCUUUCCUGUCAGCAAUAGCAAACAGAACUUAUCUCCUGAGGAGAAGGAGUAUGCAACCAGUGGUUGGAACCUGAAUGUGAUGCCGGUGCUAGAUCAGUCCGUUCUCUGCCACAUCAAUGCGGACAUCUCAGGCAUGAAGGUGCCCUGGCUUUAUGUGGGCAUGGUCUUCUCAGCAUUUUGUUGGCAUAUUGAGGAUCACUGGAGUUACUCCAUUAACUACCUCCACUGGGGUGAGCCGAAGACCUGGUAUGGGGUACCCUCACUUGCAGCAGAACAUUUGGAAGAGGUGAUGAAGAAGCUGACACCUGAACUAUUUGAUAGCCAGCCUGACCUCCUGCACCAACUUGUCACCCUUAUGAAUCCCAACACUCUCAUGUCCCAUGGUGUGCCAGUUGUCCGCACAAACCAGUGUGCAGGGGAAUUUGUCAUCACUUUUCCUCGUGCUUACCACAGUGGCUUUAACCAAGGCUAUAAUUUUGCUGAAGCUGUCAACUUUUGCACUGCUGACUGGCUACCCACUGGACGCCAGUGCAUUGAACACUACCGCCGGCUUCGGCGCUAUUGUGUCUUCUCCCAUGAGGAGCUUAUCUGCAAGAUGGCUGCUUUCCCGGAGAAGUUGGAUCUGAAUCUAGCAGUGGCUGUGCACAAGGAGAUGUUCAUCAUGGUUCAGGAGGAGCGACGUCUGCGAAAGGCCCUUUUGGAGAAGGGCAUCACGGAGGCUGAGCGAGAGGCUUUUGAGCUACUCCCAGAUGAUGAACGCCAGUGCCUCAAGUGCAAGACCACAUGCUUCUUGUCCGCCCUGGCCUGCUACGACUGCCCGGAUGGCCUUGUAUGCCUUUCCCACAUCAAUGACCUGUGCAAGUGUUCUAGUAGUCGACAGUACCUACGGUAUCGGUACACCUUGGAUGAGCUCCCCACCAUGCUGCAUAAACUGAAGAUUCGGGCGGAGUCUUUUGACACCUGGGCCAACAAAGUGAGAGUGGCCUUGGAGGUGGAGGAUGGCCGUAAGCGCAGCUUUGAAGAGCUCAGGGCACUGGAAUCGGAGGCUCGUGAGAGGAGGUUUCCUAACAGUGAGCUGCUUCAGCGACUGAAGAACUGCCUGAGUGAGGUGGAGGCUUGCAUUUCUCAAGUCCUGGGACUGGUCAGUGGUCAGGUGGCCAGGGUGGACACUCCGCAUCUGACCUUGACUGAGCUCCGGGUCCUUCUUGAGCAGAUGGGCAGCCUGCCCUGUGCCAUGCAUCAGAUUGGGGAUGUCAAGGAUGUCCUGGAACAGGUGGAGGCCUACCAAGCUGAGGCUCGUGAGGCUCUGGCCUCACCGCCCUCUAGUCCAGGGCUAUUGCAGUCCCUGUUGGAGAGGGGCAAGCAGCUGGGUGUGGAGGUGCCUGAAGCCCAUCAGCUACAGCAGCAGAUGGAGCAGGCACAAUGGCUCGAUGAAGUGAAGCAGGCCCUGGCCCCUUCAGCCCACAGGGGCUCUCUGGUCAUCAUGCAGGGACUUUUGGUUAUGGGUACCAAGAUAACCUCCAGCCCUGCUGUGGACAAGGCCCGGGCUGAGCUUCAAGAAUUGCUGACCAUUGCAGAACGUUGGGAAGAAAAAGCUCAUUUCUGCCUGGAGGCCAGGCAAAAGCAUCCGCCAGCCACACUGGAAGCCAUAAUUCAUGAGACAGAAAACAUCCCUGUUCACCUGCCUAACAUUCAGGCUCUCAAAGAGGCUCUGACUAAGGCGCAAGCGUGGAUUGCUGAUGUGGAUGAGAUCCAAAAUGGUGACCACUACCCCUGCCUGGAUGACUUGGAGGGCCUGGUGGCUGUGGGCCGGGACGAAGGAGAGGGUGUGGGAGGUGAGGGAAGCCUGGUCAUUUCCUCUCUGUCUGCCUUCCUGCCUCAGGUGCUCUGCCCAUGUGCAGACGCUGGCUCAGACAGCACCAAGCGUAGCCGGUGGAUGGAGAGGGAGCUGGGUUUGUAUCAGUGUGACACAGAGCUGCUGGGGCUGUCUGCACAGGACCUCAGAGACCCAGGUUCUGUGAUUGUGGCCUUCAAGGAGGGGGAACAGAAGGAGAAGGAGGGUAUCCUGCAGCUGCGUCGUAUCAACUCAGCCAAGCCCAGUCCACUAGCACCAUAUCCCAUGGCCUGCUCCGCAACUUCUAUCUGUGUGUGUGGGCAGGUUCCAGCUGGGGUGGGAGCUCUUCAGUGUGACCUGUGUCAGGAUUGGUUCCAUGGGCAAUGUGUGUCGGUGCCCCGCCUCCUGAGCUCUCCAAGGCCCAGCCUCACCUCAUCUCCACUGCUGGCCUGGUGGGAAUGGGACACAAAAUUCCUGUGUCCACUGUGUAUGCGCUCCCGACGGCCACGCCUAGAGACAAUCCUAGCCUUGCUGGUUGCCCUGCAGAGACUGCCCGUCCGGCUGCCUGAGGGUGAGGCUCUUCAGUGUCUCACAGAGAGGGCCAUUGGCUGGCAAGACCGUGCCAGAAAGGCUCUGGCCUCUGAGGAUGUGACCACUCUGUUGCGACAGCUGGCUGAGUUUCGCCAACAGCUAGAGGCCAAACCCAGGCCAGAGGAGGCCCCUGCUUACACUUCAGACAUUGCGUGUGACCCUAUCAGAGAAGGCAGUGGCAACACUAUUUCCCAGGUCCAAGGGCUGCUGGAGAAUGGAGAUGGUUUGACCAGUCCUGAGAACAAAGCUUCAGCAAAGGGCUCUGAUAACACAGACCUGGAGCUACUGUCCUCAAUGUUGCCGCAGUUGACCGGCCCUGUGUUGGAGCUGCCUGAGACAACCCGGGUGCCCCUGGAGGAGCUCAUGAUGGAAGGGGACCUGCUCGAGGUAACCUUGGAUGAGAACCACAGCAUCUGGCAGCUGCUGCAGGCUGGACAGCCUCCAGACCUAGAGAGGAUUCACACACUUCUGGAGCUGGAAAAGCUUGAACAUCAAGGGAGUCGGACAAGGAGCCGGGCUAUGGAGAGGCGACGACGGCGACAGAAGGUGGAUCAGGGUAGGAAGGGUGAGGAUCUUGUUCAAGAGGAGCUGCAGUCAAAAAGGGCUCGGAGCUCCGGGAUUAAGUCUGCAGAGGGCCAAGGAAGAGAACAUUUACAAGAGAAAGCAGACCGUGAAAAUAUGUUCCUGACACCUUCCACAAACCACAGCCCCUUCUCGAAAGGAAACCAAAAUAGCUUAUAACGCAAGGAUUCAGGCUCCUCAGACUCUUGUCCUUCUUUAAUGCCUUUGCUACGGUGCCCCUUCUCUCAUCAGCAAGAGUUGUGACGGUAGCACCAAAGGUUGUCUGUGGUUGUUUUUGUGUGUUUGUUUCUUAAAUCCCACUGCCUCCACACCUGUACCUCAGAAGGAGUUUAUUUCCUACCUAGAAUUUUUCACCGCCAAUUUUUGAUAUCCUCACUCCUGGAGUGAUUGUUUAAAGCUUGGUUCUUAAAGUCCAUGUACUGAUGGCCAGAAGUGUCUUGACAGCAGCAUUCCUGAUAGCAUAUGAAAGUGGUUUUCCAAGCCAGUUUCAUUCUAGUCUGAAUAGGGGCAAAUAAAUCUCCAGAAAGGCCAAAGUGCAUACCUUUAUUUUUUACUGGCCCCCGACCCCACACCCCAUCCCUUGCCACUCCCCCAUCCUCUGUUUCUGUACUUGUUUUUCUUUUCUUUUCUUUCUUUCUUUUUUUUUUUUUUUUUUUUUUUUUUUUUUGUUCUUUUUUUUUUAAAAUAUUUUGGUGCUUCAAAACUUGUACCUUCAUCCUACCUCCUUUUCUUUUCUCCCCUGGGUCUUAUUGUAAAAGAAGAUAGUGUAUGGUGUAAUUACCUGUAAAGACCAAGAAGAAUAGAGUAAAAGAAGAAUUUCAUCACUCUACCUGUCGUCUAUUUUUAAGUUCGUUUCCUUUCUUAAAAAUAGAACAAUGAAUGGAUUUGGAGACUAUGCAUAUGAUUUGAACUUUUUAAAGUAGAAGAGUGAAGGAUUGAGGUUGGAAAACACCACAACGGUAGCAUGGAUCAACAUAAUUUUUAAUAAUCUUUUUGGGGGGAGUACGGAAGGGUAGCUUUUAUUUACAAAAUUUACAUGAGAUGUAGGCCGAGGUGAUUGUUUUCUCAAAGGAUGUCCAGUUGACCCAGCACCAGCUAAAGAAGAUUUAGCUGUCCUACACUUAACUGCCUUGUGCUUUUUGUUGAAAAUCUGUUGGCCAGAGUGACAUGUGCCAAUACUGGAUUAUUUGUUGUGUUGCCUUAUUGAACUAUGAGUCGGUCCCCUUUGGUCACAUCACAGUGUCAGUUACAGUCACUUAAUAGUGAGUCUUAGAAUAGGGUAGACAGAUUAGUCUCUUCUUUAUUCUUUUUCAAACUGUUUGAGCAGCUCAAGUCCCUGCCUCUGUUUCCAGCAUCCAGUUGCUUUCUUAUCCUUAAUCUGAUUGAGUUGAACGGAAACAAGUUUUCUCCCUCAGUGUUUUCAGUUCUCUCUAAUGGUCAAUAAAAUAGCUAAGCUAAGUCAUUUGUUGUAAGAAUUCAGUGAGAUUGAUAUGUAAAUAUUUCAGGUGAAACCAGUAUGAUACCAUUAAUCAAUUUAUGGUUCUUGUUUUGUGUCUCUCUGGGUGAUCUACUCAUAUAGAUGUUGUUAUGCUUUUCUUAAUCGCUUUCAGUGAACACGUUCUGUCACCCUGGAUUGAAUCUUGUAUACUUUAUCACCUAAUGCCUGCUGACUUCAGUCAGUGUAGAUCACAUGAUUUCCCUUAACAGUUUUCUCAUGCCUGUAAUCGUACUACCUUCACUAUUGUCUAUGCUUUUUACCUUUUUCUGUAUUUGAUACUGUCAUAGGGAGCUAUAAUUAGCUUUCACGGUAGCAAAGCUAUGCUUGGUGAUGACCCCGGUAGAGUAGAAAUUUCUUCACCUGUCAAAACACAAUGUACUUUACUUUACUAUACCAUAGAAACCAGGUAAAAUAAAGAGAAAAAUCCCAAGAUAUUUUAUCUAAACAUGAGAAUUGUUUUCUAAACCUCUGUGUUUUUUCUCCUCCUCCCUAAAUAUGAGGAAAAGAUCAUGAUUCUCAAGCCAUUACAAAUUCUCUGAUAUUGGUAAUGGAAAAUUCUGAUGAAGCAUUGAUCAGAACCUCUGCCUACAAAAAUCUCACUAAGGUUCUGAGUCAAAAAUUGUUCCCAUACUUCACAGUAAGCAGGCAAUCCAAAGUCAGGACAGUUGUACAUCUUUCUUAGGUUGCCUCCACUAAUUAGGCCUGUAUUGAUUUGACUUGAAGGGCCAGUUCUGAAACUGUUAAAACUAUACACAAGGAUGCGGCACUAAGUUUUUGCACUAGGUGAGAAUUUACCUUGUGAUUAGAGUUUAGUUAUAUGUUCAUUAAGGAACAUGAUCAAAUCUGUUGCAGAAACCUAAUUUCAUAGGCCAUUCAGUUUUCUCUGAGAUAAUGCUAAUUCAGAGAAAACAAAAAAUAAUUCUUGGUCUAAAAAAACGGCAGUAAAACUUUACCACUGGCAAGCCACCUGUCUUUGCCUCUUCUGCUGUGAGGGCAAAAAAAAAAAAAAAUAUAUAUAUAUAUAUAUAUAUAUAUAUAUAUAUAUAUAUAUAUAUAUAUGUAU